CAUCAGUCAGAGUGACACCAGUCAGUCAGACACCAGUCAGAGUGACACCAGUCAGUCAGACACCAGUCAGUCAGACACCAGUCAGAGUGACACCAGUCAGUCAGACACCAGUCAGUCAGACACCAGUCGGAGUGACACCAGUAGAACCAGGCAGCUUAGAGAAGGUCUCAUCAGAGGACAGCUUUCUCGGAGCCACAGCUACAGCUGCACUGAGCAUAAUAAGGAAAGAGCUGGAUGACUUCACAGAACCUGUUUUGGACGACACGUCUGUGUAUGAGAUGCUGAAGUCCCUAACCUCUCAGGAGAUGGCAGUCCUUGCGGAUGACAUCGCUGAGGUAAUUGCAGAAAAGACUGUGAGUUUGGAAGAGACGGUCUGUGCAAGUCCCAGUCCAAAACCCAAAACGAGGAACAAGCUGAAAGUAGUGGGCGGCAAGAUAAAAACCUUUCUUGCGAAGAGUCUUGCCAAAGCAGGUAUUUGCUGCAUCACAGCAAAGCUGAAGGCACAAUUCCAUCAGCACACCAGCGCUGAAAGCGACCAGUCGUUGCAGUUUCUCAUGGACAGUGUUGAGUCUCUGCUCCAGACAGAACUCGGUGAGGGUGAUGGGGAAAAUGAGCUGGCUCUCAUUCCUUUUUUCCAAAAACUUUCCACUGGUCAAUUCGAGGAAGUCACAGAGAAACUGAGUUUUGUCCUCUACAAUCACAUCACAAAUGAAAUCGUUCCAGAGGUUAUCCCCGAAAUACAAACACUUGGGGGACAAACUUGGCAGGGCCGCGAUGUUGCCGUCCCGCAUGCUAUCACGUAUGCCGACGUGGAGGUCUUGGUGCUGAAUUUUCUAACCCUAAUGGGCUGGUGGCUGAAUACUCAGAGCGACAUCCAGAGUCAAAGGGUGACACAGACUUUGAUGUACCGGGUGCCGAAGACGCCCAAGGCAGCCUCAAAGUGUGAGGAGCCACUACAGGUGGUGCAGCACAAAAUGUCUGUCAAACUACUCGUCGAGAUGGUGGUUUGGGAGACGUUCCUCAAAGUCCAUGUGCUUCCUGAUAAAAAAGAUGACAUCAUUCAGCGUCUAUUCAACAUCAUAUGGGAGAAGGUCGAAGGAUCAGAUUUAAACAUCACAUCUGUCAAAACACUCAAGACGGCCAUUUUGAAAGACCUGAUUGAGAUGUCAGGCAGUAAGGAGAUGCUCCUGCUUUCACUGAGAUUGGAAAACCCGCAGCUUGAUAACUGUAUUGCCUCGAUCUUCAAAGAUCACCUGACAACCCCACUGAAACAACCAUGCGCCAUCUGCAGGUUCUUCUCCUCUGUGGGCAAAGUCCUCGCCAAGCCCUUCAGACGCAGAGCAAGUGUUGGCGUCCUGGGUGCAGUUUGACCUCAGAGGGCGAAGGUUUGAUUUCCAGACCUGAGCCUCUCGACGUAGGGUUUUCUCCGGGCUGCUCCGGAUUCUCCCACUUUCCUCGCAAACCAUGAAGCCAACUGGGGGCUUUCCACUGCCCUCAAAAGCUAACUGGUGACAGGAGUUAAAAAAAAAAAAAAUUCAUAAGAUCUGCUCCA